AUGGGGCAGGCAGGCUCCACGCAGCAGAAAAGAGCACUUCGUGAUGUGCUAUUAUUACGUCGAUCUAAUGUCACCAAGACGGAACUGGAAGAAGUUUUACGCACCUUCUGCGCGUUGUUUCCACUUGAGCUUCAAGUACCGGUAAAUACUGAUCUAAAUUUCGUUAAUAAUGUCAUUGGGGUUCCCAUAAAGGAGCGACGUCUCUUUGAUGUAGUUCAUGGCUUGCUAGAGAAAGAGACAGAGCAAUUACAAUACAAUAAUGGACGGGAUAUGACGGAGCUUAUUCUGACGACUUUCCGACGUGUCAUUCGAUGGCGUGAGCUCUAUAAAUGCUGUGCCAAAUGCUCAUUAAAACCUUUCCUGACGUGUCUCCAUCGACCGUCACAAAUCUUGAUCUUGUCGGUACUGGAGACGCUGACGUUAAUGAUGUCACCCUGUUCCGGCUUUGAAGCUGGUGACAAGGCAGCAGACCGAAGUGAAACGGCAAAUCGCAGGAAUUUUGGAGAUGCAGGAGGUUUUCAAGUGUUACGCUCACUAUUGGUGCAAUAUGGAGCUACUGAACAGCAAAAGGAAGCUCCAGUGAUACUUGAACGAGUAUUGAAGAUUUUUGUGCUGACACUCGUAUCAAGACGAGCGUUGACGGAUUUGGUGACGUGCACACAAGCUGUAAGUGCAUUAAUGGACGCCCGCGUGGCUUUGCUGGCGUUGUGUCAUUAUCCAAAUAGUGUACAUGAUGUCAUGAUACUUGCAAUUGGAUUGGUGAAGGAACUAUUUUGUAUUGUGGAUCUGGAUCAAGUCCAUCAAUUGCAGGAAUCCGCGAGGGAGUAUGGAGCUCUGUUGUAUGCACUGGAAACAGCGGUGCGGGAGGAUGUGGAUGAAAAUGCUGCAAAGAAUGGAAAAGAGGUGCGAGAUCGAAGCAAAGUCGAUUUCGACACGCGUGAAAUGUGCAUUGAUCUUGUUGAGGUAUUUUGCGCUGGCAACACUUGCUCAAAGACAGUCAUGUAUCGCAUUAUUCCGGUGGAGCUAUUUAUCCCAGCGAAGAACCGUGUUGAGCUUAUCUCCCGGCACAAAGCCGCGUCGCCAUCCUACGCAGGGUAUGCCAAGGCUGUGCCUGGAGCACGUAGUGUGAGGACGUUGCCACACUUUUUGUUUGAUUACGAGCAACCUAGGCGAACAACGAUUGCAAAUGGAAAUAUUGAGACUAAACGUAAUCGUGUGGUGACACUCGCAUAUGAUGCGAUGAGUUUUGGCGGAGGAGCCUUUGAAAGAUGGCUUGGUGAUGCGCGCGAAAAGGGCGAACACUGGCGAGAACUAGUUGAAGCUGUUCGGCGAACACAUGAGGGUCCGGAAUUAGUGUGGCGUGCUUCUAUGCGUGCGGAGCUGUGUGUGGCUUUGAAAGGUGAAAUUGAAGCUCUUGAACGUAGACGACGUUGCAUGACAGGGAAUGAGACCGCCCAGUCUGAAGAACAAUUACCGCGCUGGGAUCACGAUAUGUUUUACGUGGAAUACCCUUCGAUGCAUAAAGAGCUUGUGGUGAAUGGUUACUUUGUGGAAUAUCUGAUUCCUCGUGUGGCUGACUUGGCAACGGCGUAUGAGAUUGCUGAGCCCGUAGUAUUAGCUUGGCAUCUUUCUGAUCAGCUUGCGGUAGAACACGAUGUAAAGUGGGCAACUAUGUGCGUACGAUGUCUGCGGCUGAUUAUCAGACGAUACGCGAUGUUAUUUCACGGCCAAUUUCCUACGCAAUGCGUACUCUUGCUGCUGCGUGAUCGCAUGAGCCACUCGCCAGGUUUUGCUCGUGAAUGUUUUCUCCUACUUAACAUCGCAAUUAUAACCGCGCGGAACACCCCUUCAGAAAGCUUUAAUCGACUUUGCACGACAGUGGCGCGUACAGUUGUAAAUGUCCUUGUGGAUCCAGUGCUAUUAGCAGCCGUGUCGACGCCCCUUCAUUUGGAUGAUGAAGUUGAUCUGCAUAAUUCCAUGUGCCUAGCUGAACCAGAAGAUGAAGCUGUAGCUGUUGUAAACGAGUGCGAUAGAUUGGUGAAAGCGGGCAUUUCUCUUUUGCUUGCAAUUCUGAGGUGCGCCAAGUUUGUCAUGCGGUUCGUUCACCCCAAGCGCAUGUUUUUGUGUCGACUCCUAGCGGUGGAGACUUUGGAUCACGUGACUAUUACUCGGCUACUCUUUUUGAUAAAGCAACUGGCAAUUCUGGACAUCAACGGCGAUUCUAGCAUUCCUCCCGAGUCCGCCACGAUAUCGAGUCGCUUGUCGUCGGCUUCAUUCUCUGGAUCACAUGCGAAUUUUUCAACAAACAGUAACUGGAGGUCUCUCACGCUGGCGCACGCUUUGCUAGCUAGCUGUAACCCAAAAGGCAUGGGAAUGUGUGUAGCUACUGCUGAAUUUCUACAAGAAUGCUGCGCGCAACCUCCAAGUUGUGUCAGUGGUGGGGGAUCCAUUGACACUCAAAUGAUGGUUUCUUCUUGCGAAUUCAGCGCUAUACUAAAUGAUGCGCUCGGAUCCGGUGGGUGUGGCAUGGGAAGGUUGCUACAUUCUACAAGUGCUGAAGUGUUUACCAAUACCUUCAAUGCAUCUCAGAAACGUGCGGCUGACGUGAAUUGGGGUCAAAAGCAACGUGUGCGGCUGUGUCAGUACUUAAAAUUCAAGUACUUGGGUUACCGCGAGAAGGAGUCGACUGCAAGUUGGAACUCUUUCGUAGACGAUGAUUUUGAUCAUCACUACGAGGAUGACGAUCUUUUUAUAGGCAACGUCUUUCUGCGGUCUUACAUUGAAGGCGACGGAGCAUUCUUGAAUGAGUGGACGCCCGAAAUGUAUAGUGAGUUAAUUAAUGCUCUGUUCGAGAAACUAGAUGCGGUUGUUUGCAGAAAGCCUGGAUACGUCAGUACUAGAAGCGUUGGUCUGUCAUCUUCUCCGCCACAGCAACCGUCUCUGAGUCAAUCGUCAAGCAGUGAGAGUGCAUACGCAGCUGAACCGUGGGAGGUACAAGUUCUAAUUCUCAAAGCUCUAGCUCGGCUUGUUCCAUCGCGUUGUGCUCAAGUCAAGAUCAAGACUGAGUUCUAUGAAUCUUUGUUGACUCCUCUGCGUCGUUCAAUGCUUAGUGAAGUGGAUCAACUGCGCGGAAUUUUGUCAUUGGAACUUUUUGUGUCGAUUUUGUCCAUCCCCGAGACACGCAGUGUUAAUACUGCCGCGUGUCGACUCUUCCUCGAAGAAAGAGGGCUGCGCGCGCUGGCCGAUUCUCUUGAGCGUAUGCGCUGCCCAGCGUAUCAGCAGGUACUACAAACGGUGGAAGUAUUUGGGCCCCGUCAGCAAAGUAACCCAAGCGCCCAGAAUAUGGCGCGUGUACUUUUGUAUCGCUUGACAGACGUUCUGUCGAUUGUCGCCAAACACGAAGCGACAGGGAUUCGAGCUAUUACGAAGAAUCCCGAAGUGGUGAUUGCAUUGAUCGAGCUUGUGUCCCGUCGAAUCAUCGUCAAGUACGCAGAUGUUGACGCGGCGACUGUUUGUCUAAGUUGCCUUGGUGAGUUCUGUCACUACGAUGAAGCUCGUGCAUUAGUAGUCAAUUCCGGUGGCAUGCUGUCACUUUUAGAUAUCAUAGCGUUCUGUCCGGCAGAAUCACAGAUCACUGGGGAACAAAGUGAAUCGGAUACAUCAGGCGCUGGAGAUGGUCAAGAAGAAAGUGCUAAAGGUGAGCAAACACAUGAUCGUAAGAAGAUCGAUAUCGAAUGCAACGACAUCAGCAGCUCUGUUGAGGCAGUUCAAACCGUUCCAUCACGAUUCUUUGGCGUGAUUCGAAGCGCUGUGUUGGUUUUGCGUGCAUGCCUGGGGCCGGAAGAUGCCCUCGCACCAUCAUUGCCGACUCAAGUGCUGUGUCAGCUGCUUACACCAAGUUUUGUUCGGGUGCUACGUACGUCCCCUGAUCAGUUCAUCCUGAAGCUCCAAACCAGCAAAGAUAUUAACACUGCAACCCUCGUCUGGACAGUAAGUAUGAGGUAUCGACUGGAAAAAUGCAUUACGAGUGAGCUUGCAAAGGUGAAAGUUGCAACUGCAAUGAAGACCUGGCCUCGCUGGAAUCCGGACCACUUUAUGGCUGCUGACUCAUUUCGGUACCAGUACCCGGAGCUAUCCGAUGUGCUCGUCGUUCACGACGUUUAUCUGGCAAAUUUUGUGGCGACACCUGUCGAAAUAUUGGAGCUAGGAGAUAUCGAUAUGGCCUCUUUUUCGGAAGCUUUACUGAUAUCAAUUCAGAGCCAUGAAAAUGUUCUACGAAUUCUACGAGAGCGAGGUUUGAGCGACGUUACAAAAGAAAAUGCUGUCCAGUUAAUGCGGCAGACAUUAGCCAAGCUCGUGAGUAAACAUCCGCAGCAUAACCUCGAAGUGAAGACCAAUUGCAGUCUAUUUCCAGAGGAUUCGCUGCCAGUCAUAUCGUCGACCACUGCAACAAGUGAAUUUUUACCGGCAACGCUUGGAGCAGCAGCAACAGCAGUAGAUUCAUUUCUUCCACAAGCCAAUGACCGAGAUUGGAAUUUAACACGUAUCGAACGUUGCAGCUCGUCAGGAAUCGAAGAUUUAACAGUUUAA